AUGGCAACCCAUAUUCUCGUCCUUCUCCUGACGAUUUUGUUUUCCUCAACAAUUUCACGAAUUGGUUGCACUGCUCAAGGAUUUAUGGGUGCUCGGUGGUGUUAUCAGAUUUCAUCGUUUUCAGAUUUCAUGAAGGAUGACGUGGUGAUGGAAGAGGAAGUGAAGAAAGUUUGUGAUUUUAAGAAAUUUGACACAAAUUCAAGGUUGCAAGAUUUGAGACCUAUUCGGAUUCCUUAUCAUGUACCUAUAGCUACUGUGUUGUUUGGAUUUGCUCUUGUGUUAAUAGCCUUUGUGAAAGGAGUGCCUUCAUCCGUUCUGCCUUCAUCCGUUCUAGCAGCAACUGCAAAAUCAGGAUUCACAGCUGCAUUUACAUUAAUAUUUGUUUCUGAAAUCGGGGACAAGGGGCUGAGCCAAAGCAUUUAUUCCAUUAUCGUGCGCGUGGUGAAACUGGAGAAAAAUGGAAUAGUUGGAAUUCAGGUUCCAAGCAAUGAGAUGGAUGAAUUACAUGACAGUGCCAACAAACUUGGGCUCAUGUGUACUUUUGUCUUUGCCUAUGAUUUGAAGCUCAGGGAAAAUGCAAUGCAAAGAAAACUUGCAGCAGAUACUUUUGGUCAUUGA